GCAUUUUCACGCCAACAACACAGAAACACAUUCCACGCGUGCUCGUGGGUCCCACGAAGUGUCAACUCACUUCCGGUCCUUCACUGUCAGUUCUCCAUUAUGCAAGCAUGCGUUGCUGCUGACGUUCCGCUGGUGCGUCAGGCGUGGCAACGAUGUGUUGAGCGUCUCUUUCCUCCGCUCCCCACCGACGCACUGGCGAAGCUCUUCCAUCAAUUUAUCUACGACCGCUACUCGGAGCCGCAGCGUCACUACCACAACCUGCAGCACCUGGAGGAGAUGCUGGCGCACCUGACGCAGUACGAGACGGCGCACGGGUGGCACGGCGAUUACGUCCCAGCGCUGCCAAUAAAUCAAGAGAGCGACGCUUGUCUCGGGCUCUGCGCAGAGUCACACACCAGCAAUGCAGCGGACGCCGUGCGUCACGACUGGACCGGGACAGUCCUGCUCCUCUCGAUUCUGUUUCACGACGCCGUGUACGACCCGAAGCGAGGCGACAACGAGGAGAAGAGCGCCGAGCUUGCCAUGGACUUCUUACAGAUAGGCGAGGAGCAGUACAAAGGGUGGCGUGGCAGCCUGGGCAUCGCAGCCUUGACGAUCCCGUCUCCAUCGGUACUCUGGACAGACGCGCGGGCUGCGCGGUUUGUGCGCGAAACAACGGAAGACUACAUCCUCAAAACGAAGGUGCACCUUUCCGUCGAGCCGGUGGAGAAGCUGCAGCUGUCCUCGCCGCCGACGCCAUCCGCCGCUGCCAAGAGCCACGACGAUCCGCUGCACGUUUUCCUCGAUCUGGACUUAUCGAUUCUCGGCCACCCGGACGCGUCUACGUACCGUGAACGAUACGCGGCAAACAUUCAGCGUGAGUACAGCCACUACCCGCGGGCUGACUUUCUGAAAGGUCGGUCCGCCUUUCUCAACAGCUUCUUGAGCAAUCCGCAGUGGUUCAAGACACCGUUUUUCUUUGCCCAACUGGAGGCGCAGGCGCGACGCAACGCCGCCGAAGAGGUGACGGAGCUGACGGCGGAGCUGAAGGAACGUGAAGUUCCCGCUGCACCGCAAGCGUAG